AAAAAAAGUAUGUAAUUUUUAAAAAAACCCAAGAUAAGAUUAACCAGGUAAUCCACAGUUUGUCAUCGGGGUCUGCUCGAGGUCGGCGACUUUAGAGCCAUUCGAGUAGAACCACUCUUUUAACUACGAAAACAUUUAGUACCACUCGGAAAGGGGACAAACUGACCGUAUCAGGUAAAUAUUCUCCCAGGGAGGGCGGGGUUACGAGCUAGUUCCUCGUCUCGCUCUGCUGAAGAUAAGACAUAAGUAAUAGACCGAGUAUGUUGACUUCCUCAUUUCUGUCGAGGUGACGAGAGAAUUUGCACAUAGCGGCUAAAACGGCAUCAGCAAUGGCACAGCAGGUGCCCGCCGUGGAGAAGGUGGAACUUUCCGAGGCCCUCGGAAGGGUAGAUUCCCUCGAGGGCCUCUUGCAGCAUGGGGAUCCUCCCAGCAUUGAGGGGAUGUCACCCUCUAUCCAAUGCCAGGUGAACUUUGACACAAACUUUGAGGACAGGAAUGCUUACGUCACGGGUGUUGCUAGGUACAUUGAGGAAGCUACUGUUCAUGCAGAUAUGAACAAGUUGAUAGAAGAAGCCCAGGAGUAUGCCGCCAUGCUGUACACUUGGCGGUGCUGUUCUAGAGCCUUACCACAGAUACAGAGUAACAACCAGCCAAACCGAGAGGAGAUUUACACCAAGAUUGUGGAGGUCAUGGAACCCUUAAUGACCAAGCUGGUGGAUUUUAUGAAGUUUACAAUCAACAGUAUACAGAAGUUUGGGGAGGAAAUUAAGCGACUAUGUCACCCCGCCAAGAAAAAUGAUUUCAUCUCGGAGGCUUACCUGUUGACUAUUGGAAAAUUUAUUAACACUUUUGCCGAACUCAACGAACUCACCAAUAUGAAAGCCAGUGUUCAGAAUGAUUAUGCGGCCUAUAGGAGAGCAGCACAGUCCCUAAGUUUGAUGAUGGACCCUCAGGUAAUGAUCGAGUCCCAGAAUCUGUCCAUGUUCCUGGCGACCCAGAACAAGAUUCGCGACAUGAUGAAGGAGGCACUGGAAACCACUCCGGGAUACGAGGAGCUGCUAGCAGACGUAGUCAACAUCUCGGUACACAUGUACGAACACCGACUUUUCCUAGAGCCAGGAGAGAAAAACAUGCUGGUCAAGGUAAUGGCGUUUGGUCUCUUUCUGAUGGACAACAAAGAAAACAGCAUCUACAAAAUGGACAGCAAGAAGAGACUCCACUUAUCCAAAAUAGACAAAAUUCUAAAGCAAAUGGAUGUUGUACCUUUGUAUGGUGACAUGCAAAUGAAACCUUACUUCUACGUACAAAAGAGUAUAAACUUUGAUUCUUCGAAGUGGCACCAUUGUGAAUCUUCUCAUCCCAGUCCGCAGUCUCAAAUCCUGUCUGGUAUGGGCGGUCUGAGGGAAAGCCACACCGAAUACGUGUCCGAAUUAGCCAGACGGUGUAAUAAGAGGAUGACCACACCUUCUGAAGGACCUCCGAGAGACGAGGAAAACAGGGAACUGUACGACCUGGCCUUGCGUGGACUGACCAUUAUGUCAUCCUGGACACAGAAGGUCAUGGAGCUGUACUGUUGGAAAUUACUGCAUCCCACCGAUCACCAUUCAAAUCCUGAAUGUCCAAUUGAAGCGGAGGAGUAUGAAAGAUCGACCCGUUACAACUACAGCAGUGAGGAAAAGUUUGCCAUAGUAGAAGUGAUAGCCAUGAUUAAGGGGCUACAAGUCUUGAUGGCGAGAAUGGAGUCGGUGUUUCUGGACGCCAUUAGGAGACACAUUUACGUCGAACUUCAAGAAUUUGCACAGAUCUUCCUCCGAGAACCACUUAGACGGGCAGCAAAAAAGAAAAAUGAUCUGAUAAAAAUGAUCAUUAUGUCAGUCCAGGAUUCGUGUGUGGAUUGGAAGGAUGGAGUAAAGCCGGAGUCGGAUCCAGCAGUCAAAGGGAAGAAAGACCCGGAGUCCGGCUUCACAGUACACGUGCCGCGUAAAAACGUGGCCCCAUCGACCACCCAGUUGUACAUGAUAAGGACGAUGCUGGAGUCAAUAACAGAUAGGAGUGUUGCUGGAGUGAAGAGAUCUGUCAAGAAGGACGUCGAAGCGGGACACGUGACCGCCAUCAACCAAUUUCUGAAGCACUCCUUCCAUUGGAACUAUCUCCUCAACUUCAAUAGGUCGCUACACGCUUGUUGCAAUCUCUCCCAGUUGUGGUUCAGGGAAUUUUUCCUGGAGAUGACAAUGGGGAAAAGAAUACAGUUUCCAAUUGAUAUGUCCAUGCCAUGGAUUCUCACGGAUCACAUUCUGGAUGCCAAGGAGCCUUCAAUGAUGGAGUAUAUCUUAUAUCCAUUGGAUCUGUACAAUGACAGCGCUCAGUUUGCCAUCAUGAAAUUCCAUAAACAAUUCUUAUAUGAUGAAGUCGAGGCGGAGGUAAAUCUGUGCUUUGACCAGUUUGUCUACAAAUUAAGCGAGCAGAUUUUUGCUUAUUACAAACAUCUUGCUGGCAGCAUUCUCUUGGACAAGACUUACCGUGCAGAAUGUGCAAAAGGUGGACACAAAAUUCCUUAUCCGACAGCAAACAGGUAUCACACCCUGUUAAAACAACAGCACGUUCAGAUUCUAGGACGUUCCAUUGAUCUCAAACAAUUGAUCGGACAAAGAGUCAACGCAUCACUUCAGAGAGCACUGGAUGUUGCCAUAUCGAGAUUUGAAGCUGGCGAUUUAACAGGCAUUGUGGAACUUGAGAAGUUGAUAGAAUGUAAUAAACUGACCCACAAACUCAUGAGAGACAUUAUUCCAUUGGAUGAUUUUGAGAGUAUGUUUAAUGAAGCCAACAACAAAGUGUCCAGCCCGUUUGGACGCAUUACACUACAUGUGUUCUGGGAAAUAAACUAUGACUUUCUACUUCAUUACUGUUACAAUGCUGCGACUAACAGGUUUAUUAAGGCAUCCCUUUUGAUUGCCCCUCAGAAUGACCGCGAGAAGACACCCAGUCCUUCACACACUUUAACCUGGGGAACGAAGGCAUUAUCAACAGCGUAUGGAAGCAUCUUUAAGCGUUACCAAGGUUUUAUAGGUCUGCCUCACUUGAGGUCAGUUUGUCGUCUUCUUGGUUACCAGGGGGUAUCUCUUGUCAUAGAAGAAAUAGUCAAGGUCAUAGAAAAUAUUUUGAAGGGCACGCUGAUGGACUAUGUUCAGACGUUGUUGACUGUUAUGCCGAGCGCGUGCAAGUUACAGCGGUUUGAGUAUGGUUCUCCAGGUAUCAUGGAAUACUAUCAUGAGAUGUUGAUUGAUGUCAUUCAGUAUCCGGACUUGCGCACAGACGUCUUUCAAUGUUUCCGCGAAGUUGGAAAUGCCAUACUUUUAACUUUACUUAUGGAACAAUUGAUGACCCAGGAGGAGAUGUGUGACUUAAAGCAAGCUGCUCCUUUCCAGAACGUAAUUCCCAAACCAUUCAUUCCAAUUAAAGAAGGUGACGAUCGUGCACAAAAAGAAGAGGAACUACGCCAAGCUCUAAGGAAACUGGAGACAAAGUACGCUACACAACAGAUAGUCCCGAUCAUUAAAGAGCAUGGAAACUCUCAGCAAGUUGAACUGGUGGGAUCAUGCGAUUUACUGACCAAAGAGAGGUUGUGUUGUGGACUGUCCAUGUUUGAAGUCAUCCUCAACAGGGUGAAGACGUUUUUGGCUGAUGAGAUAUGGCAUGGACAACAUCCGAAAAAUGGAGUCUUAAAUAUAGACGAAUGCACGGAGUUCCACCGACUGUGGAGUGCUAUACAGUUUGCGUUCUGUAUGCCCGUCAGGGAAAACGAGUAUUCGGUCGAAGAAUUAUUUGGAGAGGGACUGAACUGGGCAGGGUGUGCUCUUAUUGUCCUGUUGUCACAGCAACGGAGGUUUGAGGCUCUAGAUUUCUCUUACCAUGUUCUCAAGGUCAACCGCGUGGACAUGAAGGACAGUAACAUAAAAGGCCUUCAACUGUCUAAAGUUGUGAGUCGGAUAAGAAGGUUUCAAAUACUAAACAACCAGAUUUUCGCCAUUUUCAACAAAUACCUGAAAACCAAUGAACUGCCAGAGAAUGCUGUGGAGAAUAUUAAAUGUUUCCCCCCGCCCAUCCAUCAAUCUUUUUUAAAAAAUUACAUACAUUCUCAAAUUAAAGAGACCAUUCCUCUAAAAGAAGGGACAGAUACAUACAACACAUGGCUGGACCCACCAGUGCCCAUUUACUUCCAGAUCUAUGUUCUAGAUCUACAGAAUCCAAUUGAAGUUGUCAAAAAUGGUGCAAAACCCUCUUUCAUCGAGAAAGGGCCCUACACAUAUAGGGAGCACAGAGCAAAAUGGCAGAUUAAUAGUUACGAUAAUGGAACUCUCUCAUACAGAGAAAACAGAAGUUUUGUGUUUGAGAGGAAGAAAUCCGUUGGUCCACACGAGGAAAAAUUCACAACUGCUAAUCUCAUCUUGGUUACAAUUGCUGAUAUCAUAAGAAGAGAAUACUCCAUGAUUCAGGAGUUGGUAGAAUUUAUACUGGAGUGGGGAAAUGACAGUAACCUCUUCACGACCUUAUCUGUGAAGGACAUUAUGUGGGGAUAUGAAGAUCCCUUGCUGAAAAAGUUCAAGUCCAUUGUGCAAAAAUUCGACAAUAAAACCACGUUUGAUGACAAGUUUGGUUUAUUCUAUAAACAAAAUGGAUCAGAUGAUGGGCUGUAUACUAUAUUCUCUGGAACGAAGUCAUCAGAUAAUUUUGGUUUAAUUCAACGGUGGAAUAAACAAACUUCUCUUCCAUACUGGACGACACCUUCUUGCAAUAUGAUAAAUGGAUCAGAUGGGACAAUUUUUCCACCAUUUGAAGAUAAAGGAAAGACAUUGUACAUAUUUUCAUCAGAUAUUUGCAGAUCUAUAUACACCGUAUAUCAGAAAGCAGUAACGUUGAAAGGCAUUGAUCUGAUGAGGUUUGCUGUUCCACCCGAAGUGUUUCUCAACCAUAAGCUGAACCCCGAUAACGAGGGAUUCUGUACCCCUGCAGGGCAAUGUCUCCCUUCUGGACUCCUCAACGUCAGCUCCUGUAGACAAGGAGCACCAAUCAUCAUGUCCCAGCCGCACUUCCUAGCUGCUGACAAGAAGUUGGUGCAGGACCAAGUCAUUGGAUUAUCUGCCGAUCCAAACAUGCAUGGAACUGUUCUGGAUGUAGAACCUAUGACUGGAGUGGUAAUGAAUGCACAGAAAAGACUCCAGUUAAAUGUGUACAUACGGAAUGUGUCUCAUAUCAGAGACACAGCUAAUAUUGAUCACAUCUACUAUCCAGUUCUGUGGCUGAAUGAGAGUGCAGAGAUCGAUGAUAAGAGUGCUAACAAAUUCAAAGAUGAAGUGAUGACCCCCAUAAAGAUAACAGAAGCUGUGGAGUAUGGACUGAUUGUCCUGGGAACCUUCAUGAUUAUCUGCACAGCAGCCUUGUGUAUCAAACAGAGAGUAUCCAGAAAGCCAGAAGACGACCUAGAGGAUGUUUAUCCCAGCACCAACACAUCAGAUAAAUCACCCAUUCUCAACGAGAGCUGAGAAUUCAAUCAAAAACUUGUCACCAGACUGGUUUCUGGCAAACCCGUUCUAAAAAGGGAACUUGAAUGUACUUUCCUAUGCAAUGUAAAAUUUCUUGAAUGCUGUGACAUAUUUGAAAUUGGCUGCUUUUUCUGUUGUGAUACCGAGACAAUACCAGUAUAUACAUUUAUUUACAUUUUUGAGGUCAAUAUGAUGCUUUAGCUGCCUUCAAAGUACAAUGUUCACCAAGCUCAAGAAAAGUACAAAAUUGACUGAGUUCAGAGGGCGAGGUGAAUGUACUUUGAGGGUAGCUAAGGCAUUGUAUUGGCUGAGAAAAUGCCAAAAAGGAUUUUUUUUUUAUAUAUGAUUGAAUAAUUCAAAACAUUGACGCUGACUAUUGAAGCCUACCUAGUUGGUCAUCUUUGUCUACACCAAGACUGCAGCUCCGAGUUUAAAGUGAUGUAUCUGUUUAUUAUAUGACUAAAUGUUUUAAAACCACUUACUGAACCAUGUAGAAUUUACCAAACAAUACCUGUUUGGUCAUCUUUAGAUCGGACUCAAUGUUACUUUGAAAUUCCCAAUUUAAUUUUGGCCAGGUUUAAAAGAAAUCCAAUUCAUCCGGGAAGCAUGUGCAAGUGAAUACUGAAUAUUGGCCAAUCGUAAAGCAAGGAAUUAUUCGAUCAUAGGAUAAAGUUGAUAUAUCGUGUAUACAGUAAAACUUAGUAUUAAAUAGCAGAAUGUCAGGUACAGCUAAUUUUGUUUGUUAUAAGAAUAAUUUCAUUUCAAAUCAUGGUACCCAUUGUUUGUUUUUUUUUUAAAUUCCUCAUAAUUUACAAAUCACGGAGAACAUUAAAAAUAACUUUGUACGUAAUAAUAAGUAUUACUAUUUAAGCAUGUUCAUUGUAUACAUAAUUCACUGUACUUUGUUGUGGUUCUCUUCAUUUAAGGAAUCGAUAUUUGUAUUGUAGAUGUAUAAGUCAUAUACAUAGAGAACCUAUGAUUCCAUUCCUUUAUUUCCCCCAUAUUACCAACAAGUUAGACAUUUCUUAUUUUUAAAAAUCUGUUUUGAAACUAAGCGUUUCUUUUGAAGAAUUUUGAGUAUACAGUUUUUUAUGUUAGUUGUCGGGCCUUUGAUUAAUUAUAAAGAUUUACAUGUAUCUAUGUCAUUCUGACAUUUAAUUGUUAUAUUGUUGCAUUCCUCUUCUUACCCCUGUAAAGUGCCUUAGAGUAAUUUGUUUGAUAUAAGGCGCUGAAUAAAUUUUUAUUGUUAUUAUGUAAAAUAUAUUGAAAUCUUGGUUUAUUACUGACAAAAUAACAAUAUAUAUAAGUUGUUAUGGACUGAGCAAUUAUAAUUUUCUUUCUUUCUUAAGAUAUUGACUAAAUCUUUGCCACUUGGAACAUAUAAAACUAUUGCAAGUUAAUGUGCAAGAUUAUAGGCCUUUUAUUGUUUAUGAUGUAGUUAACCAAGAUGAAUAAUGUUUCAAAUUCUGUGUGAACAGCAAUUUCAUGACAUACUAGUACAUGUAUUUAAUGUUCUCUUAAGAAACCUCAUUUUUAUCAGCUAUCAUUUUGGUGGCAUAAAGAAUGUAAAAAAGAUAUUCUAUAUUUUGAAGAUGAACUCUUGUUAAAAAAAAAAUUAAACUGGAAAAUCCAAAUCAGCAUGAUCACCAUAUGAAAUAAGUGUAGUUUAGGAAGAUCACAUGAUUGUACAGGGGCAUUAAUUAUUAAUUGCUUCAUGACUGUGUAUGUGCUUAGCAAUAUCACAAGAUUGUACAAGGGCAUUGAUUAUGAAUUGCUUCAUGACUGGGUAUGUGCUUAGCAAUAUCACAAGAUUGUACAAGGGCAUUGAUUAUUAAUUGCUUCAUGACUGGGUAUGAUAAUUUUGUCAUGGAGGAAAUCAUUCUUUCAACCUUUUACAUUUCUCCUUGCCAUUCAUAUAUGUGAAAGACUGAUACAUGAUAAGUCCUCUUUAAGAAUGCAUACAUGCCUUUGUCCUGUCUAAUUCUGUAUUUCAAUUUUAGGUUUUAAGGAACAUAUAGAUAAAAGACUUUUUUUCAUUGAAACUACUGCUGGUUCACGUAUACAUCUGUGCCUCUAAAAUUCAGAUUAAACAAAUUUUAAAAAAAGACAACGUUAUAAAAAAAAAAAAGAUGUGGAAAAACUUUAGAUUGGUAGAUUUAUAUCAGUUGGUCGAUGGUGAAGAUACAACUUUUAUUUCUAAUUUUAGCCUAUUUUAUUUCUUGUAUUAACUGUGAAGAUUCUGAAAACAAAAUUGUUAGUAUUGAAACUUAGAGUGAGAGUGUCAUUUCUCAUUCAUGUUCUGAAAAUGCUCCUGCUUCAAAUCUCAAGGUGCAGAACUACAUGCUGAUGCUCCUGUACAUAAUUCUCCUACUCCAUUCCUUCUGUUGCAAAUGACACCAAUAUUAAGGAUGCAUUUAUAUUCUUUAAAUACUCGUAUUAAAUGCUUGCUUUAGUGUAGUCAGAGAGAUACUGUAGAAAAUUGAAAAUAUAGGUAAAGAAAUGCCCUUUACAAGUUUGGUAAAUAUAUAAUUUGUAUAUGUACAAGCAUGUUAUGUCCAGCAUUUGCUGUAUAUUGUGAUAUUCCUUUAAUACAAGCAUAUCCAACCCUUUUGGUUGAGAUGUGUUGAUAUUUAUUCAAUGAUUUCUUUUUGUGUUUUGUUGUGUUCAACUGUUGUGAUUCAACCGCAAAAGAGCUAAAUCAUAAAAUGUGUGGCAUAAUGUGACUGAAAUAAAACACAAUGCAGGAAAUGUAUUUUUUUAACAUA